GGUACUGGAGUUGGUUGCUCUGCUCGGCAAAGUGGUGUCGUUUUGCUAUUUUGGUGUUUUGACGUUGUACCGCAGCAGUGCAAUUUCAGUUCGGUUUCGUGCAUUAACGUGUUUAGACGUGUAAGCUAUGUUGACCGUAUACUAAGAGUGCGGCAUUUCGUGUUAUUUGUGUGUGUGCGUACAGAAAAUGAUUUUCAAAUACAACUAAUUGCGUUCUGGACAGCUAAUUUGAAAAAAAAAAAAUUAUUUUAAUAAAGCUGUUUUGAAGAAAAUACUUAACCAAUUAACGGAAAAUAAAUAUACGGAAGCGUUGUGCAGCAUCCGCAAGCGCGUCACUGUGUUCCGAUAGCGGCAGACAACACAAAAAACGCCUCCGCCCCAAUGCAAAUCGAAAAGAAAACCAAAGAAAAAAUCGUUCUCGCCGGGUUCCAAUCGCGAAAUGCAUGAAUGAAUAAAUAAAUGAAUGAAGUGCAAAAGUGUUAGCGACGAGUAAUGAUGAAAUGAUUAUUUGCAUGCAGUGCUGGUGAUGUUAUUGAUGAUGAUGAUGAUUGAGACGAGUGCUAGAUGGUGAAUGCAAUUAGUACUGAUGGAGUCCAAGUUGAUAUAAAAUUGGCAUUGCAGCAAAAUUAGAAGCCACUUAUGAAAAUAUCUUGCAAAACUGGUUGGGAAUUUAAGGAAACUGCACUGCUUGCCACCGCCAUAGACAAAUUACCGCAAACGCGUUUGUGUUUUGCAGCAUACAAACUGUGCGUUAACAAAAAUAAUUUUUAAUUUUUUUUUUUUUUUAUAAAUUUUAUGUGAUGAAGUUGCUUAACAGCAAAGGUCGCAACAGAGGUCAUGUGAUGCCAAAAAGGAAGUAACGACAAAAAUAUGCAAAUAUUUACAAAUAAAAACGAAAUUUCAUUGUAGCAGCAAAUGGCUGCAAGGUGCGCGACAUUGUGAACAAAAUAACGUGCUCUCAUUUGUGUUGAUUUUUUGCGCAAAUUGCUAAUAAAACUUGCAGUGUGCAUAGUGCAACAAGAAUUUAAAAAAUAAAAGUUAACAACAAAAAGCUCCAAAUACGUAAGUUACACGCGUAAUCACUGCCGUUAGCGAGGCCUCGACACUUCCUCAAGGAGCAGUAGCAGUCGGUGAAAGUUAAAAACAGCGGACAUCAACAGACCCUCCGUUUGCUCUGCUACGUUUGUGCUCACCUAAGGCCAAGUGCCGAAACGCUGCCGGGCUUUGCCGACAUUGACAGUGGCACCAACUUUUACGUGACACCCAGCAAAAAUAAUAAAAAAAUAAAAAAACACACACAUACACACUUAGUAUGUAGGAGCAACAUAUUUUCUGUGUAUUUUCUUCUGCCAUCAUCAUCGUGUCUAAAAUGUAAGCCUCGGUCAUAUACUAAUUUCAGUUCUUUUAUGGUUCAGUAUUAAAAUGCACACAUCCAGAGAGUAAGCAGGCACCGGGCAGCAGGCAGACACCAGGCAGCAGGGGCUGUACAGCACCAAAUGUCAUCAUUAUCAGCUGCAGCGAAGCAAGGCAAAGUACUGACAACAAAUACGGUGGCGUGGAGGACACACUGAUGAACGUGUGUUAGAGCGAAAAUGUCAGUGACGGCAAACUCCGCUACUUUAGCAGUAGUCAAUCAAAGGCCGUUGAAGCGCUUGGUAGUGUUCGUACAAAGCAGCUGUAGUGAAUGUGGAACAUUUUGAAAGAAAAAAAAAAUAAGGAUCAAAGUGCGAAUAUGCGACGCGUUAAAUGAUAGUAAAUUUUAAGAUGCGCCAAGGACCUUUCUGACUAUUAUGUAAAUGCAGUUGAAAUACUAAAUAGCAACAGUAACACCAACUCAUACAAACAAAAAAUAAGGAAAAUUGCGCGAUGUACGUGUCUGAAAAGUGAUUACUUAAGCAAAUACCUAAUUUUAUUAUUAUUUUUAUUAUUACUGCGACUGAGCAGUGCAACAAGCAAGCAAACUACAUUGAAAAUAUUGAGGAAAGUGCAAAAUUAAAUGAUAUGAUGUGGCGCGUGUGUCGCCGCGGCUUGCACAAAUGUGGCCAAGUGAAAUCUGAGCUGUGAGCAACUUGGCUGGCUGGCAGGCAGGCAGGUCCACUCGUGUGAGAGUAGAUCUUUAUUUCGUUUAACGCCGUUCAAGGCAAAGCAACACAUUUAUGCCAGAUGCCAACGAAAAUGAGUGUAUAGUAAAUUUUUAUGUGUAUACGCGCAUUUGUAAAAUCUUAUGAGUGGCUCAUAACGAGUGCUCCUAUACCAACAAACGAAAAACGCUAAUCGCACAAGAUCGUUUAAACAGUUGAAAGUGUUUUGCCAAAACAGAAUUGCCAUUCAAUUUUUUUCCUCUUUGAGUGUGUGUGUGCCAAUGCGCUUCAGCUAAAUUGCAGCUAUUUUAACGGUGCAAAUGUGUGUCCAUGUGUUUGCUGGCAAAUUGAUUUAAACUGCCACUUAUACGGAAAAAGUAAACAACAAGAAGUGGAAAACAAUCCUAAAUGGAUUGGCGCGAGAAGCACGUGUGCUCCAAACAGUAGAAAAAAAUUAAAAAAAAACAAAAAAAAACGAGGAAAAGAAUACAAGUAGCAACAACGAAAACUACACCGCCCUUUAACGCCAGUCCGACAAACGCUAAAUGAAAAUAUUUUCGCGGAAAUUGCAUGUCGUGCAACAUUUACCACCAAUGCCCAUUAAAAGCAGUCCUUGUGUACAUGUGUAUGUGUGUUUUAGCAGCUAAAUGACGCCGGUUGGCGUCUAAUGGUGCUGCAACGCGGUAAUAGCGCACGUAAAAUAAAUAAUAAAGAAAAUAUAAUAAAAAAAAAAACAAAAUACGUAUACAAAACAAAAUUCAGUGCAAGUGCAACAAGCAGCACACACAGCAACACAGUUUGAGUGCGAAUCUACUUAUUCGUUUUCUCGCUUGUCGGCGCGCUCCGCCAACUUGACGUUAACAAUAAUUACGCGCGCGUAAAUUAGUCCCGUUUCGACAUUUUGUAGCGCGUUAAUUGCUGCACACACGCCAAAUUCACACAUCAACAAUUUUGGGCAAACAAAACUUAACACCCACUAACGCCACUUCUCCCAAGGCACCUGUACCUCGUGUAUUUUGCUGCCACUAGCCACUCAAGUCCAUUCCUUCCCCACUACCACAAUGGCCGUCAGCAAUAUCGUCUGCGAGUGGCUGCGCGCCCUUGGCCUAGCUCAGUAUGCCGAGAGCUUUCUGGAUAAUGGCUAUGACGAUUUGGAGAUUUGCAAACAGGUCGGUGAUCCCGAUUUGGAUGCCAUUGGCGUGGAAAAUCCGAUGCAUCGUCAUAAAUUGCUGAAAAGCAUACGACAGUUGCGUGAAAAGGGUGCCGCUUCCGUUUAUUUUAUGUUGAACGAUCCGAGCUCGUUGUCGGGCAGCAUGGAGAUUCUUUGUGAAACGCCACCAAAUGAGUUGGAUUUGGUGCUACGCGAGCAACUGGAAACCGAUGGCAUACGCUUGACCGCGCAUCCAUACUCGACACCGGUGAGUACUGAGAAAUUCAUCUUAAUUUGGUUAAUUCAAUUAAAUAGGUCUCCUAACUUACUUAGCCUUUAUAUGAAUAUAGAAAUGAUGAGAGUGAUGCUAUGUUAUGCUGGGUUUUGCAUGAAAAGUGAUAUACAGGGUUCGAUUGAAAAGUAA